GACGGUGACAAUCCACACCUGAGUGUAACCAAAAGUUUCACUCCUAUUCCCUUCGCGACGCCAAUUUAACCGUCUCCUUCUCCCUCGAUUUCAUAUUUAGUUGACUGACGAUGUCGGACACCGAGCAGAAAGCGGAGAGUGGAGCUCUUGAGAAAGUGGAAGAGCAGUCGCCCGAAGGAGGAGAGGAAAAGAAAGAGCCCCCCAUGAGUGCAGCAAGUAUUGAGGCUGCAGAAGAAGCAAAACUGCGAUCAAAGUAUCCCAUCGUAGGACGACCAAUGGCAGGCCACUCUGCAUUUCUUCAAAAGAGGCUGGCAAAGGGACAAAAAUACUUCGAUUCGGGAGAUUACCAGAUGGCUAAACAGAAACCAGCAACCAAGUCACGAAUGCCGCCACUCUUAGCACAGCCCACCGGAGAAGCCAUCCCCACCCCAGAGUCUGUGCCUGUUCGCAAGACUUCUAUCAUCCAGCAAAGUAAACUAACCACUGCAUCAUAAGUCAAGUGUGACUUAAAAAGAAAUGUUUCUUAAUUGUCUUUAUUUUUUAGAUUUUUUUGUUUUGCCCAUUUACUACACUGUAGGUGUGGGAAUAUACUGAUGAGCAGUCCCUGUAGGUUAAGAGCUUAAUAUAAGAUAAUAGAGCCCAAAACAUCUAUUUAGGGCUUGAUGCAUGCAUGAUCCACAAGCAGUGAGGAAAAUAUCAGCUGUGAUUUAAAUCUUAGAUGAAAUAGUCAUGCAUUCUUUAUUAUUCCCAGUGAUGCUAUAGGAGGGACUGGUUGACAAUAUUUCCCUCAAACCUGCAGGAUUUUGUACCUCUCCAGUAUGAUGCAAGCUCCACAUGUUUUGUGAAACUUGUUGCUAAAUCAUAUCAAGGAGUUUGUUUAAAUAAAGGGUUCCUUAAUACUUGUAAAGGAGUAAAGUUAGAAAAGGUUAUACUUAUUUUCCAUACCAUGUAGUUAAUGAUUUUUCUUUUUUAUUACAUUGGGUCAGGUCACAGACAAGAAGUGAAAUGUUUUAUGUUGACAUUCAGGAUUUUAGUUUUGUGUUUUUAAGUAUCUGAGGUUCCCGAAUGACAUUAUAAGGGCUUUAGCUGGAUGGAGAAUCCAUAACUUUAAGAGAAUGUAAAACAGAAUAUAACUUUUCUAAUAGCCAUUUUUGUGCUGAAGAAACUGUUUGAAAAAGAAAGCUUUCCUACAUAGUGUAUACAAAUACAUAGUCAUGUAACAAAAUCAGAAGCUAUGUGCCCAUCUUUUACUCAACAAUAUUCAGGGACUGUUUAGGACUUGCAUUCUGCUUUAUUAGGAGGUGUUUUUUGUUUGCAAGCAUUGUACCACCUCUUUGCUUAAGAACAAUAUCUUUUGGUCUUCAAGAAGUGUAGAAGUGCCAUUCAUUUUUUGCCUGAUCCUUUUAAAUAGCCAGUGAAUGUAAAUAGAAAUAUUUGAUAUUCCAAAUAGGACCUUGUUGUAUCUUCAUGUUGUCUAUGGACUUCACCAAAAUCUGUCCUUCCACAGUAAUUUAAAUGUGUUGAAAAAAACAAAACAAAAAAAAACAAGAUGACAUGAGAGGUGUGGAUGCUAAGUUAAUCAGUGUAUGUAGGAUUAUCAAGGAGUUGCCAAAAUGUAUACCGAGCACUGGAGUUUUUUACCUUUGCGACCCUUUUCAAAUGGUUUUGUAAUCACAAAUUUCACUCCAUAAAGUUCAUUGUGUUGAUGUUUUCCUCCUUUUUCUUUUUAAAACUUGGAAGUAGUAAUAUAACUUUUGAAAAGGGACAAAUUACACUUAGAAGUUUGAGUAUGUCUUUCAUUUAAGGGGGGGAAUAUUUAUUAAAUAGAUCUUCUAGCAUCAGUGGUGAUUGGGAGCAGAACCAUAGCAAAGUAGCCAUUAGGUCAAGCUUGUGAGUGGAUUUGCCAAACCUUCCAGUGACUUGCGCAUAGCUCACACAUCCUUAUCUGGUCGUAUCAUUAGCUUCUGAAUGCCAGUGUGAUGCAGUUCAAUAUUUUUAUCUAAUAUCUCAUUGUAAUUGUGCAUAAGUUUUUUGUUUAUUUUUCUUUUUUCGUUAAAUGGGAAGUAACAUAAUAUUAUGGAUGUAAAUUUUCAAAUGAAAACAAACUUAUAUUUAAUUUUUGUUUUCAUGUCAUUACAUUAGUUGCUUUGUUUUGCAUGUUAAAUUUUAUCCAUUUCUUUCCUGUCCUGUAAAGACAAAGUCAGUAAAAUAAACAAAUAUUUAAUAGAGAUCUCUGCCACCCUUAAGCAAAGUUGACUACUGAUUUUGAAAAAAGAUUUUUAGUUAUAGACCUGAAAAAUAUUUGUAUAAGGUAUAUACCAUAUAACCAAUAUAUUAUCAAUAUUUAUUCAGAAAAAAAUGACCUCUCAUUAAUUUCAUUAUCUGUUGUAUGCAGUUAUUACUGUAAACCAUAAUUUAUUAUCAAGAAACUCAAAGUUUAAAAGUAUUGACCAUUUGGAAUAGGUGUAAUUGUCUUAGCUAUCAGUCAACUGAUAUAAUACAUUUAUUUUGAAGAACCACAGUAAAUAAUGAAUGAUUUUUAAGAAAAAUCUGUUCCUAGAUAUGUAUUAUACUGCAUGUUUGUGCAGGAUAUGUAGUAGUACUGUUGCCUUUUGCGCAGUUUAACUCUACACUUAAAGAAAGGUCUGUACUUAUAUUGUAAAUAUUGUAAUGGAAAUCAGUUGACAGUUGACAGAAUGCAAUACAUUGCUUCAGAUAUAUUUGACUGCAGUAGAAAUCAUAAGAAAAAAAAAAAAAUGCAGUUAUAUAGCCUUUUGGUUCGAAAUACUCUAUGGAAUUCUCUUUUGAAAAUGUUCUACUGAAGUUCAUGAAAUAUGUGAAUCAUUCAGUAAUGCAAAAGAAAGGAAAAGGUAAGAUGAUAUCCCUAGAUUAUACCUGGAAGAAGUAUUGUUUGAAUGUGAGAGGAAAUAAAAAAAAAAAAAAAAAAUCAAUUUAUAGAAAUAUAAAUGCAAAUACAUACAUUUAUACUUACAAAUAUUGUGUAGUAAACAUCUUUCUAUUACAGCUAAGAUUUGUCCCCAACUAACUAAACACAAACUAUCUUUACACUGUAAAAAAAAGUAUUACACAAGUUCCUUCCUCCCAAAAAUAGAGAUGUAUAUUAAUGACCUGAUGAUUUAAACUAGUAAAUAUUUUUUUCUGUUCACAGUGGGAUUACAUUUUUUAAAUUCAUAUUUCCAGUAUACCAGCAAAAACAAUUUUAUGAGGGGCAUGCAGCUGACGUAUGUAAUGAAUACACAUUUCCUAAUACAUAUGUAUCUUCUCCAUUUGUGAGGAAAUUCUUUUACUGAAUUUAUUUCUUACCAUCAAGCUGUUUUCAAGCAGUUAAUAAUGACAAUUACAUAGAGAAGUUGAUCAUCUUCAUUCACUACAUAAACAUUGUUAAAAUUAAAUAUUGUAGGUAACACAAACACAUACAUGUAUAUUCUGGGGAAGAAAGUGAUAGUUAGAUAUUUUUUUACAGGUAUCAUUAUCCAGUGGUAUUAUGUGAUUAAACAGGAUUUAAAUAUAUUAGUAAGCUAUGGUAUAUGGAUGCUAACAAUGUUGAUUUGAAGAAUACACAUUAAUGGAUAAAACAA